AUGCAACGUAUUAUAACCCAAUCUAUUCGCUCCUUUAACCCUCGCAUUGUUGCACACCCUCAAGGGAUUCAAGCACUUCGACCCUUAUGUCUCCUACCCCGAACCCAGGGCGCCGUUCCUCUGAACAGGCGUGAGUUUACCAAUUCGCCUGCCCUAUACAAGAAAAAGGAGAAGGCCAAGAAAGCUUCUGCUUCUGCUUCUGAGCCAGAGGAAAGCUCCAGCACUCCUUCCGAAGAUCCCUUCGAUCUCUCCCACCUACACAAUGGCAUUUCCACAGCUGUUGCCCGGUUGAAAGAUGAUCUGUCCAAGCUUCGCGCAGGAGGGCGGUUCAACACCGCAGUCCUAGAAAAUCUGAGGGUUCAUCUGAGCAAAGACAGCAAAGAUUCCGUCAAAUUGGGAGAUCUGGCGCAAGUUGUGCCCAAGGGAGGACGCAUGGUUACUCUUUUGGCGGCCGAAGAAGAUCACUUGAAACCUCUUACUUCAGCGAUUGUCUCCUCAAACCUCUCCUUGACUCCUCAGCCUGAUCCUCACAACGCUCUCCAGCUCAACAUUUCUAUCCCACCACCCACAAAAGAAUCCCGGGAUAAGAGCGUUCAAGCUGCCAAGCAAGCAUUCGAAAAGGCUGCCAGUUCAGUACGUGACUCUAGGGGUGCCAUGCACAAACGUCUUCAGGAUAUGCAGAAGAAAAAACUAGCUCGCCCAGAUGACGUGCGCAAUGCUCACGAUCUGAUGGAGAAAGUUACUGAACAGGGCCAAAAGGAGGUGAAGGAUGCCUUUGAAGCGGCUAGGAAGACAUUGGAACAGGCAUAA